AUGCCUCUUACUGCUUCUGACAUCUGCAAGGUCAUCUUUGCCAUCAUCCUUCCCCCUCUGGGUGUCUUCCUAGAGCGUGGAUGUGGUGCCGAUAUCUUGAUCAACAUCUGUUUGACCAUCCUUGGUUGGUUGCCUGGUGUUAUUCACGCCUUCUACAUCAUAUUCAAAUAUUAG